ACCCUCACGACGACGUCGACAAACACCAGCAAAAUGGCGGGCCAGCGCGUUACCUAUCGCCGUCGUAACGGCUACAACACCACCUCAAACCGCACCCGCAUCAUCAAGACCCCCGGCGGCGCCCACCGUAUCCUUCACAUCAAGAAGCCUGGCACUGCCCCCAAGUGCGGUGACUGCGGCACCAAGCUGCCUGGCAUCCCUGCCCUCCGCCCCCGCGAGUACUCCCAGAUCUCCAAGCCCAAGAAGACCGUCCAGCGUGCGUACGGCGGUUCGAGGUGCGGCAACUGCGUUCGGGACCGGGUUGUCCGGGCCUUCCUGAUCGAGGAGCAGAAGAUUGUGAAGAAGGUGCUCAAGGAAGCUGGCCAGAGCGAGAAGAAGAAAUAAACACACAAUACUACUUUGUCACGUUCUUCCAUAUUCUCUCGUCACGUCAAUUUUCGGUCAAUCAAAAUCAUCUCACACACAACACACACAACACAACACGCCCGGCAAUAGGAUGGCUCGGGGGGUUGGUUCAUUGCGCUUCGGUGUUCAAUAGGGCAAAAAAUGGGACUGCAUGUGCUGCGAAGGACGCGCAUACCAACCAACAAAAAAGGUAC